UGGGACACCGGGGCGGGGCCGAUCCCGGGCGGGAUGGGCCGACCGGGCUGACCGUGCGCGGCUGGGACACCGGGGCGGGGCCGAUCCCGGGCGGGAUGGGCCGACCGGGCUGACCGUGCGCGGCUGGGACACCGGGGCGGGGCCGAUCCCGGGCGGGAUGGGCCGACCGGGCUGACCGUGCGCGGCUGGGACACCGGGGCGGGGCCGAUCCCGGGCGGGAUGGGCCGACCGGGCUGACCGUGCGCGGCUGGGACACCGGGGCGGGGCCGAUCCCGGGCGGGAUGGGCCGACCGGGCUGACCGUCCAUGCUGGGCAGAAUCGAGGCGCGGGCGUUCGGGUUUGACCAGACCUUCCAGGCCUAUCGGAAGGACGAUUUCGUCAUGGCUUUUUUCAAAGACCCAAAUGUUAUUCCCAAUUUGAAGUUACUUUCAGAUUCUUCUGGACAGUGGAUUACAUUAGGAACUGAAGUGAAAAAAAUUGAAGCUAUAAGUGUUCCUUGUACGCAGCUUUCGAUGUCAUUUUUUAACCGGUUAUAUGAUGAAGAUAUUGUACGAGACAAUGGACAUAUUGUUAAGUGUUUAGAUUGUUUUUGUGAUCCAUUUCUCAUUUCUGAUGAGUUACGAAAAGUUUUGCUAAUGGAAGACUCGGAAAAAUAUGAAGUAUUCAGCCAGACAGACAGAGAAGAGUUCCUGUUUUGUCUUUUCAAACAUCUUUGCCUUGGUGGAGCCCUUUGUCAGUAUGAAGAUGUGAUUAACCCAUAUCUGGAAACAGCAAAGCUUAUCUAUAAGGAUCUGGUGAGUGUUCGUAAGAAUCCUCAAACCAAGAAGAUACAAAUCACCUCUUUUGUCUUCAAAGUUACAGCCUAUGAUACUUCCGGAAUGUGCUACCCUUCAACAAAGAAUCAUGAACAAACAUUUUCUUAUUUUAUUGUGGAUCCUAUCAAGCGUCACGUUCAUGUUUUAUACCACUGCUAUGGUGUGGGGGAAAUGUCUUAAUGCUCUUGCAGAUUAUAUCUACUAUUUUUUAUCAUUUUUGUAUUUUAAUACUAGUUUAUAUAUAAAUAUUACUUGCAAAUUAAUUCAAGAAAAAUGUAAAGAUGCUACUUAGAGCAGAAGAAAGCAAACACCUAGAUGCCUUUCUUUAAAUUUGUCUGGAAUAGGGCCGUGCUUGUGGCUCAAAGGAGUAGGGCACUGGCCCCAUAUGCCGGAGGUGGUGGGUUCAAACCCAGCUCCGGCCAAAAACUGCAAAAAAAAAAGUAAAAUUUGUCUGGAAUACUAACUGGGAUUCAAAUUUCAUUCCUAAUAAAAUCUAUACCAAAAAAAGUUAUGGAAUCUUUAAAGAAAGUUACUAGGAACUAAAAAGUCUAGUUCAUAUUUGUUGUAUUAAAAUUUGAGUGAGUCCUCAAUUUUCCAUAUAUUGUAUUUUAGAAGCUAAUUAAUUUGUAAUUGAAAUUAUAGCAUAAAACUAUAUCUCUGCUACUGAACAUUAAUAUGAACUGUUAGUUUAUUUAACCUAUUUCAUUUAAUAAAAUUUCCUUCAUUGUAUAAGGGUUUAUUUCUAUCUCUACAGCUAGGAAAAGCAUAACAAUUCUUUUGUUUCAUUUGUUCCACUUAAAAUUCUUAAUUAAAAAAAGUGUUCUGGCUGGGAUGGUGUCUCACACCUGUAAUCCUAGCACUCUGGGAGGCUGAGGCCAGUGGAUUGCUUGAGCUCAGGAGUUGGAGACCAGCCUAAGCAAGAAUAAGACCCAUCUCUAAAAAACAUAGCCAGGUGUUCUAGUGGGCAUCUGUAGUCCCAGCCGCUCAGGAGGCUGUAUCAAUAGGAUUAUUUGAGCCCAGGAGUUUGAGGUUGCUGUGAGCUAUGAUGGCAUAGCACUCUACCAAGGGUCACAAAGUAAAACUGUCUCAAAAAAAUAAAAUAAAAUAAAAUUUUUUUUUAAUUUUUAAAUGUUCUGAAAGUAAUUGUAAAUUUUUUAUCCCAUAAUAAAUUAAAACUUGAGCAUCCCCAUAGCUAAUACAAGAGCUAUGUGUAAAGAGCUAUGUGUAACAGAGAAGGUUGCUCUGAUAAUAUUACUAAAUUGGCAAAAGAGUGAGAAGUUUCUUAAUACUGUCCCCCUUACAUUCAAAGAAUAAAUGUGUAACGUAGGGUUUUUUAAAUGAAAAAAGUAAAUGUCAUAUAUCCCAUAGGUGAUAGCCUACAAGAAUUAUUGAGACUUGGAGGAUUAGCAAGUUUGAAAUUAUGUUUCUGUUUUGUAGAAAUAAAGAUGAUAAACUUGGAUUUGAAACUGGAUUUGAAUCUGGAAGGCAGCUAGAAAUUCUGGUACAGAGAUAAGGAGAGAGAGUUUGUUUUACUUCUAAUACCUAGCACAAUGACUUGUCACGUUAAAUGUUUAUUGAAUGAAUAAUCACUUUCCAGAUAUGUUCAUAAUAUCUACAGAAUUUUUUUAAAUGAUACAAAUAGCUGGGCAUAAUGGCUCACAUCUAUAAUCUUAGCACUCUGGGAGGCCAAGGUGAGUGGAUUGCCUGAGCUCAUAAGUUCAAUACCAGUGUGAGCCAGAAUAAGACCUCAUCUCUAAAAAUAGGUAGGUGCUUUGGCAGGCACCUGUAGUCCCAGCUACUCGGGAGGCUGAGGCAAGAGCCCAGGAGUUUGAGGUUGCUGUGAGCUAUGACACCACAACACUUUACCUAGAGUGACCAAGUGAGACUGUCUCAAAAAAAAUAAAAUAAAAAUGAUAUAAAUACAUAAAGUCAAGAACUAAAAUGUCUAUUGGCAAAUCUGGAGACCCCUCUCAGUCAAACAGUUGGCUAAUCGGUAAUUCUUUAAUACUAAUUGUUUGCAAGGACGGUCAGGUCACUUUGGGGAAAUAUACACUCCCUAUAAACCUAGUAGGGAGGAUAACCUCUGAGAAUGUGACCACUGUUAAAUUUUGCCUAACACUGCCUUCUUAUAUAUUUUAAGUUCAGUCUAAUAUUUCUCCACAUAGUGAACUGUAACCUAACUGGAUAUGUAACCUACUCUUGUGCCAAUCAAGUUUUAGCCAGAGUCAGCCAACUGUUCAAACUUCGUUUAAAUAAGACAAACACCAAACUAUAAGAAUCCAGCUGUUUGUGUUCCUCUUUCCAUUUUCUGUGCAUCACUUUUCUUUUUCUGUCCAUAAAUCCUCUCCCACCAUACAGCAGCACUGGACUUUCUCUUAAGCUAUUCUGAUUCAGGGACACUUCCUGAUUCACUAAUCAGUCUUUGCACAGUUAAACUCUGUUAAAUUUGAUUUGUCUGAAGUUUUUCUUUCAGCGUCUUAGUGAUUGUUACAUGAAUUCAGAGAUAGAAGAGAUUGCUGUGAUUUAGACCUAAGAAAGGCUUGGUUUGGCUUCUAUGGAAAGACUGGUAGGGUUCCAGGGAUUGAAGAGGGGGGCAGCUGAAGGGGGUGCGUGAAGGGUGCUGUCGGCCUGGGCCUAGAUGAGAGUGGAGAGGCCAAAGAUGUGAAAAUGACACUAAGAAACUACCAGUAUUUUUUCUCAGCUCUAAAGGUGGCGGUAGAGAGCACUUUUGAAGAAAGAUUACUUCAUUGCUUUGGGAAAAUCAUUUUAAUGACCCGUAUGUGAUUAUGUAAAUGAUUGGGUUCUUAAUUCUGCCAUUACUUCCUUUUUUUUUUUUUUUUUUUGAGACAGAGUCUUACUCUGUUGCCCUGGGUAGAGGGCAGUGGCACCAUAGCUCACAGCAACUUCAAAUUCCUGGGUUCAAGCCAUCCUCUCAGCUGGCUGGGACUACAGGUGUCUGUCAUCACACCUGGGUAAUUUUUCUAUUUUUAGUAGAGAUGGUGUUUUGGUCUUGCUCAGGCUGGUCUUGAACUCCAGAGCUCAAGCAAUCUACCUGUCUCACCCUCCCAAAGUACUAGGAUUACAGACAAGAAUCACCAUGCCCAGGCCUCCCAUUACUUCUUGCUACAUGACCUUGAGCUAGUUACUUAACCUUUGUGUACCUUAGCUGUCUUUUCUUUUCUUUUUUUUUUUUGAGACAGAGUCUCACUAUGUCAUCCUGGGUAGAAUGCUGUGGUAUCACAGCUCACAGCAACCUCUAACUCUUUGGCUUAAGCGAUUCUCUUGCCUAGGCCUCCAAAGUAGCUGGGACUACAGGCACCUGCCACAAUGCAGAGCUAUUUUUUUUGUUGGAGUUGUCAUUAUUUGCCAGGCCCAGGCCAGGUUCGAACUCGCCAGCUCCAGUGUAUGUGGCUGACGCCCUAGCCGCUGAGCUACAGGCGUCGAGCCCUUAGUUGUCUUUUGUGUAAAAUGGAGAAAAUAAUAGGACUCUCUUAUAGGUUAUUUUGAAAAUUAUGUGAAUUAAUACAUAUAUUGAGCAUAGAACAUUGCCAAGCCCAUAGUUUAAGUGCUUAUAAAUUUGGACUGUAUUCAGUCUUUUUUGAAGAAAUAUGAAAAAAGCUAAACUGUCUACAUAAUAAUGCAAUAAGUUGUCUUCCAUAGGAUCAGAAUUGCUUUUCUACAGAUUAUUAUUAAUUUGACUAAACAGACUGUAAGAGACAGGAAAAUGGAUUUUCCUGUCUGGGGACCCUAGAGAAUGUCAAGAUCAAGAGCCUGAAUGCCACAUAUUUCUUUGGCAGAAGAAAUUUUGUACAUUUGGAAUUAUUUGCUCAGCUAUUUGUAGUAGUUUGUUUAACCUCUGUCUCUCAUGAAAACAAUUGUGUCUUUUUCAUUUACCCUGGUUUCCCCAAAACCUAACACACUGCCUGGCACUUGAAAGACAAUAAAUAUUCAU